AUGAUGGAGGAGCACCAUAUUGAAGGUUUUGACGCGCCCUCGUUCUUCACCCUGCACGAUUACGACUCCUCCGGCACAUGGACUCCCGAUGAAGUACGCAAGACAUACGGUCUUGACGACGAAUCCAACAGAGCCGCGAGCGAGUCUAGCAAGGAGUCCGCUAUACGUGCGGUAUUUGAUCUUUUUGAUCCGACGAACACGGGCUCUAUCAGCCGCGAAAACUUCCUGAAGACUAUUUCCGCUGGGACACGGUUGCCUGACCUCGGCUUUGGACCUGGACACCAUGGUGACCUCGAGUAUGAAUACGAGAUUCACCACUUUGAGAAAUUCCACGGUGAUGAUGCUACAGAGGAGGAAUUGACCCAUCCUGAGGACAUUGAGCAUUUCAAGCUCCACGACGAGAUGGAGGCUGCGCAGCAGCGACUCGAAAAGCUGGAGGACAUGCAGGUCGUCGAAGCCAACAUCCCUUCUAAAUUCCGCCGAGCUGUUUAG